AACAACACUGCACGUGAGAUUGAGCCUCUGAUUUCACUGCAGCGUGUUGAAAACAAGAAGCCAUGGCAAACGUAUCCGUUGACAAAGACACAUUCUUUCGGCGUAUGAAGCGUCUUUAUGUCGCUUGGAAGGAUGGAGAAGUUGGUACAGAUGACAGUUUUAGUAAAAUGGAUUGUCUCGUCUCGGCCGUUGGCACGGACGAAGAUAUUGUUUACAGCAAAUCGACAGCGUUGCAAACCUGGCUACUCAGUUACGAACUUGCCGAUACCAUAAUGAUCUUAGCAGAGGAAUCUGUUAAUUUUUUGGCUAGUAAAAGAAAAAUUGAAUUCUUAAGGAAGCUUGAAAACCAAAAGUCGGAAGAUACUGGCGUACCUCCUGUAAAACUGCUUGUGAGGGACAGAAACGACGAAGAUAAAGGGAAUUUUACAAAACUUAUCGAGGUUAUAAAGCAAAGUAAAAAGGGUAAAAUGAUAGGUAUCUUUUCAAAAGAAAAUUAUCCAGGUGCUUUUAUGGAUGCGUGGAGAGCCGCUCUGAAGCCAGAAUCUUUUGAUACGGUCGAUGUAAGCGCUGCAGCUGCAUACGUUAUGUGUCCGAAAGAGGAUGCUGAAAUUAUUACAGUAAAAAAGGCAUGUUUAGUGUCUGUAGAUGUUUUUACCAAGUACCUCAAAGAUCAGAUAAUGGAAAUUAUAGAUUCUGAUAAGAAAGUGAAACAUUCAAAGCUUGCGGAAGGUGUCGAUGCAGCUAUAACCAACAAGAAGUAUGUAACGGGUGUUGAUGUUACCCAAGUAGAUAUGUGUUAUCCUGCAAUAAUACAAAGUGGAGGAAACUAUUCUUUGAAAUUCAGUGUUGUCAGCGAUAAGAACACUUUGCAUUUCGGCGUAAUUGUUUGUUCGCUUGGAGCCCGUUAUAAGUCUUAUUGUUCUAAUAUAGUCAGAACAUUGUUGGUGAAUCCCACUAAAACGAUCGAGGAUAAUUAUAACUUUCUUUUACAAUUAGAAGAAGAGAUCUUAAAAAAUCUGGUAUCUGGAACGAAAAUAAGCGAAGUGUACGACGGAGGUGUCAAAUAUGUAAAAGAAGAGAAACCAGAUAUGUUGGAUCAUUUGACUAAAAACUUUGGAUUCGCGAUGGGUAUCGAAUUUAGAGAAAGCUCUUUAAUUAUUGGCCCAAAAACUCAUGCAGUGGUUAAAAAGGGCAUGAUUUUUAACGUUAACGUUGGAUUGUCGAAUCUUACAAAUUCUGAAGCCACAGAGAAAGAAGGAAAAAUCUAUGCCCUUUUCAUUGGCGAUACUGUCAUGGCUAACGAGGGUCAACCUGCUACAAAUUUAACACUGUCAAAGAAAAAGUUGAAAAAUAUUGGAAUAUUUGUGAAAGACGAGGAGGAAGAAGAGGAAGAAGGAAGCGGAAAAGAAAAUGAACCUAAACCCGAAAUUCUUGGCCGUGGAAAAAGGUCAGCUGUAAUAGAAUCAAAGUUAAGAACAGAGCACAGUUCGGAAGAGAAGAGAAAACAGCACCAAAAGGAACUUGCACAACAGUUGAACGAAGUUGCGAAGGCUAGAUUAGCUCAGCAGUCUGGUGGAAAAGAACAAGAAAAAAUACGAAAAUCAACCGUAUCGUACAAAAGUCUAAGUCACAUGCCUCGAGAACCAGAAGUGAAAGAACUGAAGUUGUAUGUGGACAAAAAAUAUGAGACUGUCAUUCUACCUAUUUUUGGUAUUCCUGUACCCUUUCACAUAUCUACGAUCAAGAAUAUUUCUCAGUCUGUCGAAGGAGAUUACACGUAUCUUAGAAUAAAUUUCUUUCAUCCUGGUGCCACGAUGGGGCGUAACGAGGGUGGAACAUAUCCACAACCAGAUGCCACAUUUGUUAAAGAAGUAACAUAUCGAAGUACGAACACUAAAGAACCUGGUGAAAUUUCGGCACCGUCGUCUAAUCUGAAUACAGCCUUUAGGCUGAUAAAAGAAGUCCAAAAGAAGUUUAAGAACCGAGAAGCAGAAGAAAGGGAAAAGGAGGAUCUCGUGAAGCAGGAUACUUUAGUAUUGUCACAAAAUAAGGGUAACCCAAAAUUGAAAGACUUGUACAUUCGGCCAAAUAUAGUCUCGAAAAGAAUGACGGGAGGUUUAGAGGCGCACGUCAACGGUUUCCGUUACACGUCCGUCAGAGGAGACAAAGUUGAUAUUCUUUAUAAUAAUAUUAAGAACGCCUUUUUCCAACCAUGCGACGGUGAAAUGAUAAUAUUACUUCAUUUUCACUUAAAACAUGCAAUAAUGUUUGGUAAAAAGAAACACGUGGAUGUACAGUUUUACACAGAAGUGGGUGAAAUCACAACAGAUUUAGGUAAACAUCAACAUAUGCACGAUCGUGACGAUCUUGCCGCCGAACAGUCGGAACGAGAGCUUAGGCACAAAUUGAAAACUGCGUUUAAAAGUUUUUGUGAGAAGGUUGAAAGUAUGACCAAGCAAGAAAUUGAAUUCGAUACUCCGUUCCGAGAAUUGGGAUUUCCUGGUGCUCCGUUUAGAAGUACUGUCCUUUUGCAACCCACUAGCGGAUGUUUGGUUAAUCUUACAGAAUGGCCACCAUUUGUUAUUACACUAGAAGACGUUGAACUCGUUCAUUUUGAAAGAGUACAAUUUCAUCUGAAGAAUUUUGACAUGAUCUUUGUCUUCAAAGAUUACCAUAGAAAAGUUGCGGUCUUGAACGCUAUUCCUAUGAACAUGCUGGAUCAUGUAAAGGAAUGGUUAAAUUCUUGCGACAUCAGAUACACAGAAGGUGUGCAAUCUUUGAAUUGGACAAAGAUAAUGAAAACAAUUACAGACGACCCUGUAGGUUUCUUCGACAAUGGAGGGUGGACCUUCUUAGAACCAGAAAGUGAUGCUGAGAACGAAGAUCCGGACGACGAGGAUGAAGAAGUGGACGAUGCUUAUGAGCCGUCUGACUUGGACAGUGAAGAGGAAUCUGAUGAUGAUUCGGAAUAUUCCGAAGCUUCGGAAGACUCGGACAGUAAUGGAGAGGAAUUGGGCAGCUCUGAAGAAUCUGGCAAAGAUUGGUCAGAUUUGGAGCGGGAAGCCGCUGAAGAAGACAAGGAAAGAGCAGAUGACCAAUUCCAGGAUGAUUACAAUUCCAGUAAGAAGAAGAAAUCUGAUCGAAAGCAUUCGUCUUCACCGUCGAAAGACAGGCAUAAUUCAAAGCACAAGAGCUCUUCCAGUAGUAAAGACAAACAUAGAUCUUCGUCCGGUAGUAAAGACAAAAAGUCGUCGUCGUCGGAUAAGCACAGAUCGGAUCGAUCACGGAGCGGGGGAUCACACAAGAAAGUGUCUCCUUCCAAAUCGUCCAAACACAGUCCCAAGAAGAGCGAUAAACACGACAAGCACGACAAACACAAAUCGAGUCAUUCUUCGUCCAGCAGUAAGAAACGAUCUCGCGACGACAGCUCAGAAAGAAACGACAGGGGAUCGAAGAAAUCCAAAAAAUGAGAUGGAUCAUCCACGCACUGAAGAUAAAGCACAUACAAGAACACAAACAACAUGUUGAUUCUACAGAAAGCUUUCUUAUUUGUGGUACGUCGAUUCAGUUAUGAGAACAGUACAUUUUCUUGCAUUGACUCGUUUAAACCGUCGACAAACGAUUCGUUGAUAUUGCUUGAAAGUUCGAUAGUGCACCUCCAAGGUUUAAAUACUUGGCGGUACAGUGAUAAUAAUGUUAUAUAUGUGAACUUAUACACGAAUAAUUUGUCGUAAUUUCGUUAUACGAACACGUUUAUUUUGUGACUUGUAACUUGUACAUAAAAGUCUGUUUUAACUAAGAAAGUCGAUCUUAAUUAUAUAAUGUAGUUACUAACACGGAACACUUCAUUCCAUUGUUCGUUUGCUAACAAUAUCCAAAUAUAUUUGUAAUAAUUUUUCAAGUUGACCGAUUAACUCUUUGUAGCACAAAAUUUUUUUUAUAGUUUGUGAAAUUUUUCGUGCAUCGAAGUAACAAAAACUGAUUUUAAAUAAAAGUAAACAGUGGUUAGCAAGGAUUAAGCACCGUGAUGAUACUUGAUGGUACUUUUGCAAAAUAGAGAAGCAAGUUGUCUGUCGCUGGUGCCAAAUAUCUUCCGAAAUGGAUAUUUUCUAGGCUGACUUAACCAUGCUAGCCACCGUAUGCACGCAAAGAGUUAAAAUGUAUUAAAGAAUCAAAUAAUAUUCAUUGUACAGGUAGUAUGUGAAACAAAACUUGUUUCAUCUGUUAUAUUGUUCUGUAUUGAACGACCAUGACACCAUUAAUUCAUAACUGCGAUAAACGGAAUAGUCGACUCUAUAGGUAUACGUGUAACACGCUCUCAAUGCAAGACAAUGCACUAGUGAUAACUAUCGUACAUAAGAUACCGAAAACAAAUAUUAAUUCAUUAAGCGAAGGAAGCUGAAAUGAAUAAAAAAAAACUUUGAUAAUUUUGUUCGUAUAUAGUUCUGAAAUUUGUACCUUGGUAAACAAAAUAAAUACUUUUUAAGUUAUUUAUCAGUAAUGCACAAACAUUGUCGCUUAUUACAGAGAAGUUUAUAAACGAGAUUGUUACGAUUACACAGUGAAUAAUAGUUGUACUAUUAAUGCGAUUUUAUCAUUUUUGUUUGAGGUAUUGAAUCCUUGCAAGAUUUUGCAACUGCCUCAAGUAUAAAUGAAAAUUCAUUCAUCCUCGACUUCUUACGUAAUUACUUCCUGUCAAAUUUGAGGAAGGAGGAAAGAAGUGACGAUCGGUUUCUACGA